GUGUGAUAAAGAUAGAUCCGGGAAUUUUCACGUGGACUAAUUGUGAAGCACGUGUCUUGCAUCUGAAGGGUCAGUAAUUGCCAACCAUUUUUCAGGGAAGAUAACUUCCCAUACAGACAACCGCCCUCAACUAUUCCCCCAUUUCCAUUCCUUUGACUUCUGCUCAACAUGUAAGAGAAUCCAUGUCGUUGAAGAAAUGGGUUCGGGAGAAAAGGUUUUUGUUUAUGAAGAUGUGGCAAAUCACAAAGAGAGGAAUGGUUGUUGGCUUUUGAUCUCUGGAAAGGUGUAUGAUGUAACACCAUUCUUGGAGGAGCAUCCUGGAGGAGAUGAAGUCUUGCUUGCUGCUAGCGGAAAAGAUGCUACCGAUGAUUUCGAAGAUGUAGGUCACACUGAUGAUGCAAGAGAGAUGAUGCAAAAAUUCUGCAUUGGUAAGGUUGACAGCACCACGGUUCCCGUACGAAAGAAGUUCAAAACACAGACAUCGGCAGUAACUCAUAAGCAAGAUGAGCCUGGCUUUCUGAUUAAGAUAUUACAGUUCCUGGUACCCCUCUUAAUCUUAGGCUUCGCAUUUGGUUUGCAAUUCUUGGGAAAGAAGGAAAAAGCUGAAGCUUAGAUUGCUUACUUUUCCCAUAAUGGAACAAUCAAAAAGAUCCUGCUAGCUCAGUAUAAGCUUAGUGAAAGCUGUCUUUGUUGUAAUACUCUUGGCGACCUAUUUUAGGUUGUUAAUAAUAAUGGCUUGGCAUGUAAUUCUCAAUCCCUUGCUAUUGUUUCAGAUCCUAACCCUUAAAUUUUAGUCCUUUGGUUGGUGUUUUUGCUUUUUGCCA